UUUGUCUCCUAUAUAUAACCCAACUUUUUCUAAUCUUCAAAAUAAAUCUCACAUCUCUCUCUUUCUCUUUCCAUAUCACCUAAACCACACUCAAUUUAAAACCGUUGUUGUUUUAUCUUAGCCAUUAAAAAGUAGUGAAAAAAUGGGAAAUUGUUUGAAGGGCCAAUCAUCAACCAAAUACGCGACGGACGACGAGGUUGAAUGGGAUUAUCCGGCAUCCAAAGGUGACUAUGUGGCCGAAAAAAUCGGAGUCCCGGGCGCCAAGACAAUGACCGAGGUAAAGAUUAAGAUUACGAAGAAACAAUUAGAAGAAUUGCUGAGAAAGGUGGACGUAAGAGAAUUAAAGGUAGAUCAAGUUUUGGCCCAAUUGGUGAGUCAUAGUAAUGGCUAUAAAUCAUUUGAGAGAUCUUGGAGACCUGCACUUCAAAGCAUCCCUGAAAUGGAUUGAACUUGAUUUUGUUUAGUUUAGGUUUAUGGAAGUUGAUGAGGAUGAGUAUUGGCUUAUUGGGUCAAUCUAGCUUUUUUGUUUAUGAUUUUGGAUGAGGAGUUUGAGGAUAAUUUACGUUUUCUUUGUACAUACAAAAGGAAAUAGAUUUCAUGUAAUCACACAAUUACAUAGUUUUAGAUCUUGUUCAUCCAAUUUCAUUAAUAUAUAUAAUAUUGCUUUUCUUGA